CAUACAUGGCCUUUGAGGAUUUUGACUUUGACUCAUCUUCUCGCAAAUCGGCCAUAACAAUGGGGUGGAAUCCAUUCGGAGGGUCCUCAGAAGCUGGACCAUCGAAUACCGGAUCGUCGUCGAGCGCCGCAACUACCGCUCCCGAUCCACCCCGGCCGCUGGACUGGGAUACAGUCUACAGGGACGAACUGAGGAAUCAAGAGGCGCAGAUCCCUACUGUGGAUGAUGUACCGACCUGUAUGAGCCUAUUUGACUCAUUCUUCAAGUGUUAUGCUCUGUUUCCCGCUGUGCGAGGCUACUACCGGUAUGGCUAUGUCAGAUCCUGUUCCCACAAAUGGGAUGACUACAAGUAUUGCCUAUCCAUCAAAUCUGAGGAUGCAGAGGAGAGGAGACGGCUGUGGAUCAAGCGAGUCGCAGAGGGAUGGACCAAGCGAAGAUUAGAGGGCAGUAGUGAGGACGUGUGGGAGGCAAGGAGGACCCCGCCGGAAAACUUUCCUCCUCCUUGGCCUGAGGAUCUAGGUAAUGAACAGGUCACGACGUAGACCCAUAGGCGAUUCAUGUAUCAUCCACACUCUCACCUUC